GACGGGAAGUCACCAUCUGAGUUAUUGAUAUCGCAAUGAUGUCAAGUAAUGGCUGGUGAUGAAGUGACGAUAGAUAGAGUAUCAACGAAAAGUCUUUCUUGUACAUGGUCGUUCUUUCCCAUAGAGAUAUGAAGCACACCUCUCCCAACUGAAUUGUGUUAUUUAUAUUUCCUACUCCCACUUGAUUUCUUUUCACUCUGUAUAUACGAGAAUUCAAAAGCGAAAUCAUGUUUUCCCUCAUGGUAACCUAUAGUCUCUUCAGCCACAUGGGUGCUACAAAUGCGUAUACGACCUUCGAUACAACUUGUGCAAUUCCAGCAAAAUCAACUAAUUAUGUUUCACCACCAAACAGUCGAGGAACGCUCAAUAUUCUAUGGACAUGUCUAUUCACAAUCAUCAUCUGUACAUGGGCCAUUCAGCAUCCCAACGUACCCCAACAACGAGCCAGUCGAGAUUCGGGUCUGAAAGACGAUAUAAAGUGGAGAAUCAGACAUUUCUCAACUAAUCUCAAAUGGAUGAUAGCAACUAUCCUCGCUCCAGAGAUCCUGCUUGCGAAAGCUUGGAGUGAUCUCGAUGUUGCACGGAAACAGCUUGAAAAAUUCAAAGCUUGGGCUGCUGAUGAUGAUGUCGAGUGGACAUUAACUCAUACCUUGUUCGCAAACAUGGGCGGUUUUGUAAUUAGAAGCAAUCCAGCAUCAAGUGAAAAUAACGAUAUCGAGGCCAAGCCCAGCGUUGCGCUUGACAUUCUCGCUGUUCAGACGCCACACUCACCUUCGACCGAGGCUUCUACCCCAUUAAUGGAAUCAUCUACCGGGUGCGUAUCUCCAGAUGCAAAUGAGGCCUCAAUCCGAGUCAAUGUUUCAGACUCGGGUGCUGCGACUCCUGCUCCUAUCGAUUAUCCCAAUCCGUACCAUUUGACCGCUAAACAAAUCCUCUCACUUCGACGAUGCGAGCAUAUCCGACUUCCCAACAUCACACUCGAGGAAAUCAACGACAAAAGCAAAAAUGAUACUUUAAUACGCAUCAUCGCAACCGCUCAAUUCCUCUGGAUCGUCGCCCAAAUAAUCGUGCGAGCAAUCAAAGGCCUAGUAAUCGCCCAACUCGAGCUGGCAGUCAUCGCCUUCUCCACCUGCGCAUUCCUAGUCUACAUCCUCAACUGGAGCAAACCCAAAGCCGUCUCAAUUCCCUUCACAAUCCUCUCCUACGAAGGCCCCAUCCCCACUCCCCUCCUCGAAUUCAUGAAUAAAGAUCUCGAUCGCGCAUCCAUGCUUAGCAUAAUUCUCAAUACUCACGCUGCACCCCUCAUAUCCGGCGCGCCCAUCCCAAACGAUACCAUCUAUCCCUCCGCCGACGAAGAAGAAGCCUGGCUCAUCGGCUUCGAAUUCGGCAGUAUAGUCUUCGGAUGCAUCCACGUCGCGGCAUGGAACUUCACAUUCCCAACCCGUAUCGAGCAGAUUCUCUGGUGGUCCACAAGUAUCUGGUGUACCGUGUUCGUACUCAUCUAUACCCUGAUUCCCUACUGCGGUAUGAUAUGUUUUGGUGAUUUCAGAAGAAUUGCAACGCCCAGAAAAUUGUCAUGGGGUGCUGCUCCACUAUUUCUUUUGUAUGCGUUGGCGAGGUGUUUCCUGAUAGUGGAAAUUUUUAGAAGUUUGUGUUUUUUACCCCCGGAUGCGUUUAUUGCUACAGUGAUGGAGAAUGUUCCCUUUUUUGGCUGAUAUGAAUGGACUAAUUCAUACGCUUGGUUGGUAUGUACUGGGCUUGAAGAGAAUGUAUAUAGAAUUAUGGUACUAUUGGUA